UCAUCAGCUGACUAUCAGAGCAACAGGCAGCACAAUAACAGCCAAUCACAGAAGCUGAAACUACAGGCAGCACGCAUGCACUGAUAGAAGUACAGUUAUCAUGGCACUGAGUUGAUUACUCCUGCAAACAUGGGAGCUGCUUCCCUGCGUCUGGCUUUGUGUGCCAAAGAACACCUUCAGGUGCACCAGGGAGUGGGUGAAAAUGGAACAAAGAUUUAGCAUCUUUGUUAGGGUUGUUCUCUGGGGCCCUGGAUGUCACCCGUGCAGAUGUCGGGGUUUCGCCUGGUGAGGGCCACUAGACUGUUACUACUUACUGCUCUGUGCAUCCUCCAACCAGAGUCCACCAUGCCCAAGGACAUGGCCAUGCCCAUCUACCUGUCCAAUGAGGACUUUGUAUGCUCGCCCGCUUCCAAAACAUCGCCAUCGGCUCAAAGCUUCCAGCUGAAGUUCAACCGCUCGACCUGCCUGGACUGCCCCAAAUCCGAGAGCAAGGGCGACGACAUCGCAAAGACCAAGAAACGUCUGACGUUCGCUGAUCAGAAGGGCCUGCCUUUGACCACGGUGAAGACCUUUGAGAUCAGCGACCCCAUCUACAUCCCUCUGAACAUCCAGCAGAUGCAGAGCUCCGCCCUGGCUCUGUCAGGCCAGGAGAGCAAGCUGGUGCUGGACUUCACUCAGCCGUCCUCAGACUACCUGAUCUUCCACCAGAACCUGGACAAGAGGUUUGUGAGCUUGGAGCACUGUGUCCUGAAAGAGACGGCCUUCGCGGGAACCGUCAAAGUCAAAAACGUGUCAUUCGAAAAAUCGGUGAAGCUUCGCGUGACCUCUGACAGGUGGAAAAGUCACAUGGACGUGACCUGCGAGUACGUCAAGGACGCGUAUCCCAGCUCGUACAGCGACACCUUCUCCUUCCAGGUGUCUCUGCCCUCUGAGCUGCAGCCGCACGAGCGCGUGGAGUUCGCCGUCUGUUAUGAAGUGGACGGGUGUCAGUACUGGGACAACAACCAGGGCAAGAACUACCACAUCGUCUGGUCCUACAUGAAGAGAGACCGCCACUCGGACUCCCCGCACUUCGACCUCUACGGCAGCCCCACCUGUUCUCGCGGGCUCCUCCCUGACUGGCCGAGCUACACCGGCUACGAGAACUUCGGGCCGUACUACUGAACUACUGAACAGCUGAUUUCAGUGGGUUUUUUUCUUUUUCAAAAUCACAUGUAGUUUUGGAUACUUGUGGAUGACAGCGCACUAGUUUCUUUUCUGUCAUUUAACUCAUUUCAGAUGAGAAUUUAAACGUGUGUGUUGCAGCAUGUGAUCUGCAGCACAGCUCAACAUUCCUUGAGACGAGCCGGAACAAAUGACGCUUUUCCACCAGAACCUACUCAGCUC